AUGGCGCAAGAACCAGCCCCCCGCUUCCACCUCGUAGCGACCACGCGGACCAUCUGGAUAUUCUUCAGCAUAUCCGCCCUGCUCUCCGGCCACACGUACAUCGGGGCCCUGUACGACGCGCCCCUCGUGUGCGCCGCGUUCGCCGUCUCCUGGGCCGCCGUCGCCUGGAACAUCAUCUGCGUCAGCGCCGUCACGCUGCAUCCGUACCUGCAGCGGCUCGCGGGCGGCCUGCCUUUCCCGGUCAAGGUCACCAUACGAAACCACACCAUCGUAUCGUACGGCGACUCUGACGAAGUUGGCGACGGCAUACUCGCGCCGCUGACGGGCACGCUGUUCGUCCUGCUUGUGGACGUCGUCCUGGCGACGCUGAUUCUGGUGUUUGCGCUCUUCGCCCGAGACGCAAGGGUCGAGUGCCGCCGGGAGGAGUGGCGCUGCGUUGGAGGUGGGGAUGGGGGGUACGAGAGGGUUGAGAAGAUGACGCUGAAUGUGUGGUGGAUUAUGGUUUUGUUUGAGUAUGCGUUGGCUUUGAUCCAGGCGUUUCAGGCUUUCGCGCUUUGGUAUAAGUCGAGAUACUUGGACCAGAGGGGCAAUAUCAGCUUGGCGUAG